AUGACGACAACGACAAAGCUACCUCCAGAGGGCGAUACGGUGACUGCCAAGAUUGUUCUCCUUGGCGAAUCUUCCGUGGGCAAGAGCUCCAUCGCCUUGCGCUUUGCCCGUAACGAGUUCUAUCCCAAUCAAGAGACUACUGUUGGCGCGGCUUUUCUUCCGAGAACGGUGACCGUGCCAACUUCAUCCUCCUCUUCUGCGCCUGACUCGACGGCUGGUACAUCCGUGAAGUAUGAGAUUUGGGACACGGCAGGGCAGGAGCGGUAUCGCUCCCUUGCACCCAUUUAUUACCGUGGUGCUUGUGGCGCGUUGGUUGUCUAUGAUAUCACAAGCGUGAAUAGCCUCAAGAAGGCCCAGACGUGGCUACGUGAGCUGCGCGCUAAUUCGGACCCGACCCUUGUCAUCUUUCUGCUGGGGAACAAGAAGGACCUGGAGUCGCUUCGGCAGGUCUCCUUUGAAGAAGGAGAAACACUUGCGCGGGAGGAAGGUGUGAAUGGCUUCUUCGAAACAUCCGCCAAGGAGAACGAGAAUGUAGAGGAUGUAUUUGUCAAACUUGCGCAGACGCUGCUUGAACAUGGCUUGGCGAAGUCAUCCUCGGCUGGCGGAGUCGUGGGAGCACGUGGGGUUAGGCGCUUAGAGCCCCCUUCACGUUCCCCGAGGUCAGGGAACGGCUGCUUUUGCUGA